AUGCGCGCCAUCCGCGCAGCCGGCGUUCCCUGUCCAAAGGUUAUCAGCUACGGCGAGCACCCGCAUACCCCGUGGGCCCCUGUUUCAAUUCUGAUGACUCGCCUGCCUGGUGAGGAGCUUGAUGUGGCCUACGAGCAUCUAAGCGCCCUACAACGCAACACCGUCACCAUGGAGCUGCGCACAAUCCUGGAGGCGAUUCGUUCCUGGAAAAACCCCUGGGGUCGACGUAUUUGCAGCAUUUCCAGUGGCCCUAUCCGCAGUAUUCGCGUUCCAAACCACGUUGUGAGACCUUGCGAGUCCGAGGACGAGUUCCAGGAGCAAAUUCUCAGUACCGCUUCAUCUCACUCUUUCAAGACACGGGACGAGGAUGAGACGACCUUGGCUACUGCUCGGGCGAUGCCUCUUCAGCAUGACGUCGAUUUCACACAUGGUGACUUUGCCCUUCAUAACAUCUUGGUAUACAACGGUCGUGUCUCGGGCUUCAUCGACUGGGAAUCUGCCGGCUGGUACCCUGAAUACUGGGAGUUCACUACCCCGUUAAGGUGGACUUCACGGGACUCUGAAAAGGGCUCUCUGUUCUUGCAGCUGGGUGGUCAUCGCUACGAAAAGGAACUUGAAUCCGAGUUGGCAAUUAGAACGUUGACUGUGGAUUCGUGGAUUUCCGUCUAG